AUCACUUCCCUCUCUCUCUCUCAUACAUUUUCCUCCGAGAUUUUCUGCAGGCGAUCAUUCAAGAAAAGGAAAAAUGCUGGCCGUGUUAAACAAAUCGGUUGCGAAAAGCCCAGAUGCACUGCAGCAGACUCCGGAAAACGGCGCCGUUUCUGCCAUCAAAGACGGAUUCUUGGCAGCCCAUUUCUCGUCCACUCACCCGGGUUCCUUCCUCAUCAAUCUCGCCUCUUCCGGUGUCAUUGCCUACUCCUCUGCCCGACAAAACCCCCUUCUUCCUAGACUUUUUGCAGUUGUGGAUGAUAUGUUCUGCUUGUUCGAAGGCCAUAUUGAAAACAUUGCAGUUCUUAAGCAGCAGUAUGGCUUGAACAAGACAGCUAAUGAAGUGAGCAUUGUGAUUGAGGCUUACAGGACUCUAAGGGAUAGGGGUCCUUAUCCUGCUGAGCACGUUGUGAGGGGCAUCGAGGGGAGGUUCGCGUUUGUACUGUUUGAUGCUACUUCACAAUCCACGUUUAUUGCUGCUGAUGUAGACGGGUGUGUGCCCUUCUUUUGGGGAACUGAUGCUGAAGGUCACCUUGUUGUUUCUACCGACACUGGAAUUGUGAAGCAAGGCUGUGGCAAGUCUUUUUCCCCAUUUCCCAAAGGAUGCUUUUUCACAUCGUCUGGAGGUCUACGGAGCUAUGAGCAUCUAAAUGAGUUGAAGGCUGUUCCAAGAGUGGACAGUUCAGGGGAGGUUUGUGGUAUGACAUUCAAGGUAGAUGAAGAGUCGCGCAAAGAAAAGUCCACAAUGCCUAGGGUUGGAAGCGACGCAAAUUGGUCCCAGCACUAUUGAACUAACAUGAAAGAUCUCUUGAAUGAAAGUGGCUUCUGUUAUUAGCCGGCCGCCCUCAGUUUAUCUUGCUUUCCCUUAAACCCUUCUAGCAUGGAGACUUUGAUGACAUAUCAUGAUUCCUUUGCCGAGGUAACCAUAUGUAACUAAAAAGGAAUGUUUUUUUCUGUUAUGCUUGAGACACUAUAAAAGAUGAAGCCAUUUUAAUGGCCUCGCUCGACUAUAAAUAACAAUUGAAGCAGCAAGACAUGUAUGUUGGUUGUGAUGUGCUGUGCUGUAUCUUCAAAGGUUUUAAAAAAAAAUUUCUACUUGGAUUUC